AGUUCAUUUGUCGAGCGCAUGUGAGUGCAAGUUUGUGUGUGGAGAAGUGCGGGCUCAAUCAUUUCAGUUUUUGUCUUAAAUAAAAUCUACACAACCCGAGUUCAAGGAGGACGAUCUUCUACCUCAAGGAGUUUGAAACCUCACAGUCACACUCAGUGAAAUCAUGUCUGCCUCAGCGGCGAAAGUCACUAAGAAGGAACUGAACUCAAACCACGACGGAGCGGACGAGACCUCGGAAAAAGAGCAACAAGAAGCCAUUGAGCACAUUGAUGAAGUACAGAAUGAAAUUGACAGGCUGAACGAGCAGGCGAGCGAGGAAAUUCUCAAAGUUGAACAGAAAUACAACAAACUCCGUCAGCCGUUCUUUCAGAAGAGAUCCGAACUCAUAGCUAAAAUCCCCAACUUCUGGGUCACAACAUUUGUCAACCACCCACAAGUUUCGGCUCUUCUUGGUGAGGAGGAUGAGGAAGCACUUCACUAUCUGACCAGAGUAGAAGUGACAGAGUUUGAAGACAUCAAAUCAGGCUACAGAAUAGAUUUUUAUUUCGAUGAAAACAUGUAUUUCGAGAACAAAGUCCUCUCCAAAGAAAUUCACCUGAAUGAAAGUGGAGACCCAACUUCAAAGUCAACAGAGAUCAAAUGGAAACCAGGAAAAGAUCUCACAAGUCGCUCCGGUCCGACACCGAGUAAAGCCGGCAAGAAGAGGCAACAUGAAGAACCGGAGAGUUUCUUCACCUGGUUCACCGAUCACGCCGAUUCAGGGGCGGACGAGUUGGGCGAAGUUAUCAAAGAUGACAUCUGGCCAAAUCCUCUCCAGUACUACUUGGUCCCAGACAUGGAGGAUGAGGAAGGAGAGGGCGAGGAUGAGGAAGAUGAUGAGGAAGGUCUGGAUGAUAUUGAUGAGGAGGGAGAGGAUGAUGGAGAGGAAGAUGAUGACGAUGGAGAGGAUGACGAAGGCGAGGAUGACUGAAGCUGAAGUCGAGGAGGAAUAUAAUCCCGUAAUUUCCCCAGUCCCACUUCCAAAUCGCUUCUUUGGCUUUUUUUGUUAUUGUUUUUGGGGAGCUAGAUGCUUCGUAUUUUCUUCCGUUUUGUUUUUUGGUUCUGAGCUUCAUCACAUGUUCCUCUAUCCUGAACUCGCCAUGAUCCAGUCCCCCUCGAACAGACUCGCGCUAAACUGACUGCAAGAUCUUGCCGACAUGGCAUCCACCAUCUCAAUUUUCCAAAUGCGUGUCAAGGUUUAUAGCAAAACACUGUAGUUAUUGGCAGCAACGCUGUCUGGAGUAGAAUUGCGAGUAGUGUUUUCAUUAUUUUUGUUUUUUAAUAAAUAUAUAUAUGUACAAAUAUGUAUAAUUUUCCUUUGUUUUGUGUGGUUAAUUGAACUGAAGCCAUGAAGUGCAGUAAUUGCUAGUUCUCCACGGUUUUGUUACUUUAUUCGUGGUGUUUAAUCAGCAGAUAGACAUCAGUAGUUGUAUCGAUGUUGCCUCUUGUUACCAUGUCUGUUCAGGAGGGUUGAGGAAAGAGGGGUGUGAACGCCAGCAUUGUGGGUUUUUGAUUUUUAUCUUGUCUUGUUUUACAGACACAACCAGAUUUCAAAUCAUUUUUGAUAAAGAAAAUAAAAUCUUCCAAAAAAAGUCAAAAACAUGCUUGUAACUUUUGACCCCACUGCCUCAUGUUUUGUUUAGUGGUCGUAUGUACAUCCCUUGAAUAUUUUUUUUUUUAGCUUGUUCUGUUGAAAUAAAACACCCUGUUCGGGAUUCGUCCAUUGGCAAAACAUAAUAUAAAAGUUUUGUAACAAAGUGAACAAAAGAUUUUCAUUUCCUUUGGGUCACUCAAAGGUAAAGGCAGGCAAUCUAGUCAUAAUAAGUAAUUCCCAUAUAAAUGGCUUCAUUGAAACUUAACGGGACAAAUUGUCAACUUUUAAAAGUGAUCAGAAGUAGUGAUCCGUCAAACUCUUCUCGGGUCACCGUCCUGGGCCAGUUACUGGGCUGAAAUGCCCAACCUGAUGAUAUGAUGUUACACCAUACACUACAUUUCCAAAACGGAAGGUACUUUUAAAGCACCUCAGUAUGAAGUUAAUAUUGACAUUGUUAUUAAUGUCAGGAUUUUGUGUUAAAUGUCUGAGAUAUUUGCAUUUCACUUAACCCUCCUAUUGUGUUCGGGUCAUUUUUGUCCGGGGAGCGGUAGAUAAUUUGGUUUCCAUACUAAAACUAUCAAAAUACAUGAACAUUUUUAAAAGAGACCCGUUAAAUUGUCCACAUUUAACCAGCUUACAGCAACCGUUCAUGAGUAAAUAAGAGUAGAUUUAGCUUAAAAACAUAGUAAGGAAGUAUUAAUGUUGUAUACUUGAGUUGUUUAAAAUUAUGUUUAGUUGAACGAAUAUGUUGGUUUCAUAACUUUUGACAACCAAGUUGUAUAGAGCAGUUAUAGGUAAUAAUAAAUGCAUUCAAAUGACUAAUAAUCCCCAUACUUUGUUAAUAUAAAGGACAUUUCAUAAAGAAGUGUUCACCUGUAUAUCUGGUUUUGCUGCAGUUAAUGUAUAUUUUGAAUUUCUAAAAUAAAAUUGCAU